AUGGUUGAUGGUUUGCUCUGCAGUGUGUUUGGCCUCGUGUCUCUGGUGUCUGUGGACUGCAGCGCCCCCUGGAGGCUGCAGAUGAAUGCUGAGCUCAGCUGGUUUCACUUCCUCAGUCCUUUGACGCUGCUGCUGCUCUUUCACACGGUGGCGGCGCUGUGGAGGAACCAGCUGAUCGUUGGUGACGAGAGGCGAGGCGUAAAGAGGGUGGUGUCAGCAGUCAGCGGGGGCAGUGACAUCAUCACCGCCACCAGUAACCUGAGUGAAGAGGUCACCGCUGACAUCACAGCAGAGAGGCGGAGAGAGCUGUGGAGGAGAGCUCACGAUCGACCUGAGUGCAGAGACGUGCUGUCGUCGUCGACCAAUGACAGCCCCUCUGACUCCUUUACCCCGCACACACAGAGUACUGCCUUGGGAUUGGAUGUUUACUCUGCGCCUCAAUACUCUCUCAGCCAAUCAGACACUUUGGAAACGUGUGUUUUUGAAGGUGACGGGUGGGGGGAGCAGGGGGAAGUGAGUAGCGAGGUGGGCGGAGUCAGUGCAGCCUCCAUGGCGUUCAGCUUCCUCCUCAAACAGAGUUACAUCUGUGCUCUGAUCUCCAUGAUGGCGUGGUCCAUCACAUAUGUGUCCUGGCUAACGUGUGUCCUGCUGCUGUGGUCAUGUGUCCUCUGGAUGAUGCGAGAGCGUCGCCGGUACACACUGAUGUCAUCACCAUGGUUGGUUGCCUAUGGCAACUUGCUGGUCAUCUUGCAGUACAUCUAUAGCUUCCCUCCGAUCCAGGAAGUCCCCGGACUGUUCCCCAGAAAAGACGUCCCCUGCAGGGAGCUCGCCUCUAAGUUGUUGUGUCUUCUGACCUUCUGGCUGCUGCUGCGUCAAGCGCUGACUGAGAAGAGCGAGAGACAGGAGGACACAAAGUUGUCUACCAUCACUGUCCAUGUAGAGGAGCCUGACCUGAAGAAGAGGGAGGAGUUAUACGAGGAGGUGUUGCUCCUGGGGGGAGGAGUUCAGAUGGAGGCUAUGGUUGCUGUGGUAACCAGGAUGUUUGUUAAAUACUGGAUCUACAUCUGUGGAACGAUGUUCUUCUUCGUUAGUUUUGAAGGAAAAAUCGUUCUCUACAAAGUCAUCUACAUGGUGAUGUUCCUGUGCUGCGUCGCCCUGUACCAGUUGAAUUAUGAGCGCUGGCGUACCUUGCUCAGGGGAUUCUGGGUAGCUGUGGUGGUCUACUCCAUGCUGGUUCUGAUCCUUGUCUACACCUUUCAAUUCCCCUCAUCCCCCCACACCUGGAGUUACUACACUGGACUCAGUACACACAG